GGGGAAGUAGGAUAAGGACGCCGAGGGGUGUGUGGAAGAAGACUGGGGCGUUCGGCUGCUUGGCUUCCUUCAGACCCGGCUUCUUCCUCGAGGACUAUGGAGUGAUUCUGGGCGCCGUCCUUCUCCUCCCGCGCGAUGGAGUCCCCGGGCUGCUGGAGCGCCCUGGGCUUCUUCCUCUUCUUCCUGAGCUCAGCGGUUGGCUUUGGCGUGGACCCCUCUUUGCAGAUCGACGUGCUGGGCGAGUUGCAGCUGGGGGAGUCCGUGGCCGGAGUGCUGCAAGUGCAAGGGCUGCACAACGGGAGCAAAGCUUUCUUCUUCCAAGGUGCUUCAAGAAGUGUAAAAGCACCUCCAGAGAAAGCGGAACUCUUUUUUCAGAAGCUAAGAAAUAAACAUGAAUUCACAAUUUUGGUGUCACUCAAACAAACUCGCUUAAAUUCAGGUGUUAUUUUUUCUGUUCACCACUUAGAUCACAGGUACUUGGAACUAGAAAGCAGCGGCCAUAGAAAUGAAAUUAGAUUGCACUACCGUUCAGGAAGCCAUCGCUCACAUACGGAAGUGUUUCCUUACAUAUUGGCAGAUGACAAGUGGCACAGGCUCUCUUUAGCAAUCAGUGCAUCACACCUCAUUCUGCAUGUAGACUGCAAUAAAAUUUAUGAGAGGGUGGUGGAAAAGCCUUAUCUGGAUUUACCUGUUGGCACAACCUUUUGGUUGGGACAAAGGAAUAGUGCACAUGGUUACUUCAAGGGCAUAAUGCAAGACGUGCAAUUACUUGUCAUGCCUCAAGGAUUUAUCUCUCAGUGCCCAGAUCUUAAUCGCACAUGCCCAACGUGUAAUGACUUCCACGGGCUUGUGCAGAAAAUUAUGGAGUUGCAAGAUAUUUUAGCCAAAACCUCUGCAAAGUUGUCCCGAGCUGAGCAGAGGAUGAAUAGGUUGGAUCAGUGCUACUGUGAAAGAACCUGCACUAUGAAGGGUGCAACCUACAGGGAAUUUGAAUCGUGGACAGAUGGCUGCAAGAACUGCACUUGCAUGAAUGGCACUAUUCAGUGUGAAGCACUGAUCUGCUCACUUUCUGAUUGUCCUCUUAAUUCUGCUCCUGCAUAUAUUGAUGACAAGUGUUGCAAGGAAUGCCAACCGAUAUGUGUGUUUGAAGGCAAAACAUACUUUGAAGGUGAAAGAGAAACCGUACGUUCAAACUCAGGGGAUUGCAUUCUGUUUGAAUGCAAGGACUACAAAAUGCAACGAAUAGUGAAGUCAGAUUGUCCCGUCUUGAACUGUCCUGAAUCUCAGCAAAUCUCCUUAUCUAACAGCUGCUGUAAAGUUUGUAAAGGCCAUGACUUUUGCUCUGAAGGACACAAGUGCUUGGAGAAUUCUUUCUGCAGGAACCUUGAAGAUAGGGCUGUCUGUAGCUGCCGGGAUGGAUUCCGAGCCCUCCGAGAGGACAAUGCAUACUGUGAAGAUGCUGAUGAAUGUGCUGAAGGAAGGCAUUACUGUCGGGAAAAUACCAUGUGUGUAAACACACCAGGAUCAUUCAUGUGCAUCUGCAAAACAGGUUACAUCAGGAUUGAUGAUUACUCAUGUACAGAACACGAUGAAUGUCUCACAAACCAACACAGCUGUGAUGAAAAUGCACUCUGCUUCAAUACUGUGGGAGGACACAACUGUGUUUGCAAGCCCGGUUUUACUGGAAAUGGCACUGUAUGCAAAGCUUUCUGCAAAGACGGUUGUAGAAAUGGUGGAGCCUGUAUCGCUUCCAAUGUCUGUGCCUGUCCACAAGGAUUCACAGGCCCAAGCUGUGAAACUGACAUUGAUGAAUGUUCAGAUGGCUUUGUUCAGUGCGACAGCCGUGCCACCUGUAUUAACCUCCCUGGAUGGUACCACUGUGAGUGCAGGGAUGGCUACCAUGAUAAUGGCAUGUUUUCACCAAGUGGAGAGUCAUGUGAAGACAUUGAUGAAUGUGCAACAGGAAGGCACAGUUGUGCCAAUGACACAAUUUGCUUUAACUUGGAUGGUGGCUAUGACUGUCGGUGUCCCCAUGGGAAGAACUGCACAGGUGACUGUAUCCAUGAAGGCAAAAUUAAACACAAUGGGCAGAUUUGGGUUUUGGAGAACGAUAGGUGCUCUGUCUGCUCCUGCCAGAGUGGAUACGUAAUGUGUCGGCGAAUGGUAUGUGACUGUGAGAACCCCACAGUUGACUUAUUCUGCUGCCCUGAAUGUGACCCAAGGCUCAGCAGUCAGUGUCUACAUCAAAGCGGUGAGAUCUUAUACAACAGUGGAGACACCUGGGUUCAAAAUUGUCAACAAUGCCGCUGUUUGCAGGGUGAAGUGGACUGUUGGCCCUUGCCUUGUCCAGAUAUGGAGUGUGAAUUCAGCACCCUCCCUGAGAAUGAAUGUUGCCCUCACUGCGUCACUGACCCCUGCCAAGCAGAUACCAUUAGGAACGAUAUCACCAAGACUUGUCUGGAUGAAACUAAUGUGGUUCGCUUCACCGGGUCCUCUUGGAUCAAGCAUGGCACAGAAUGCACCCUCUGCCAGUGCAAGAAUGGGCAUGUUUGUUGUUCGGUGGACCCACAUUGCCUUCAGGAACUGUGAAGCUAAUGACCAUGUAUCACAGGCAGGCAGUUUCUGGCUAUAGAAUUGUUUCCUUUGCAAAAGACUUAUAGACCAAAAAUUGUAUAAAGCCAAAACUGGAGCAAGACCAGUUCCUUCCCCCCCCCCCCCAUUAAAGUGCAGAAAUGCUAUGAAUUGAAUGAGCUAUCACUUUCCUCAUUCUGGGUGAAACGUGCAAGACUAGUAAUGACUUCAGAUGUAUAAACCUGUGUUUGGGUGUGAGGUUCAACUUCUGGUCCAGUCUGUGUUUGACAUCAUUAUGUAAGCUACUGGACUAGAGGAAAAUUGACAUGUUGUGCAUAUAAAGGUGUCAGAAUCCUCAAGAAUGUAAAAAGCUUUCUGGAGUUUUGAAAAUACACCUCAUCCAUGGCCACAGAUUUAUUUAUUUUGUAGCCUAAUGAAAUUUGAAUCUACAUCAUCAUUAUUUUUUAUUGCUCACUACAGAAUUUUCCAGAAAUCUUUUUUUUAAAAGGAAGAUAUCUUUUGGAAACACUGAAUGUUGCAACAACAUAUGUACAGCUCUGAGAAACUGAUUCAAGUUAUUGUAAAUAAUAAUAAUAUUGAUGAUGCACAGGCAUGACUACUUAAUAUUGUCUGAUGGGAGAAGUCAUCUAUAUUUCCUCGUUCGACUGCACUUAGUUCUUGAUUAAGUUUGUUCAGUAUAAGCUCGUUCUUGUGCAAAAUUUAAAUAAAUAUUUCUCUUACCUUA